AUGAUGUCGACCACUGAGGAAGCCGCGGCUGUGGCUGAUAACCGAUCAGAAUUCACUCUUCAUAUUUUUCCCUUUUCUUUGUACUCCAUCAUGACUAGACUCACGUGUGCAUUUGGGCACAGAGGUUCGGGGAAGCAGAAGUUUGACAUGCAACUCGCGCUGGUCAAUCUACACCGAAAUGAGAAUCUCUCUGCAGACUAUCUUUUGACAGUCAAUCCGAAGGGCCAAGUUCCAACUCUGACAGGGGAGAGUCUCGACAGACCAUUGACAAGUUCUCUGGAAAUCUCCUACUGGCUGUGCCAACGUUAUCCCCAUCUCUUGCCGCGAGAACACGAAGCGCAAAUCAGAUUACGUCUGGCCAAGGUGCACGACAUCCAAGCCCUUUCCCUCUCUGUACCUGAUAAGAAAGCCCGCGAAUACGGAGUUCCCAAUAUUGCUGCCGAGCAACUGAGCUCAGUUGGUAAAAUCCCCGAGGACUACCGGAGUGCAUUGCAAUUUAAAGCCGAGUUCCACAAGAAACACAUGGAAAGUGCGCUAGAAGCCGAUCAAGUAGUCUUAGCAGAGUCCAAAGUAUUGGAGGUCUUUGGUGAGAUUAGCGACACUUAUCACGAGGGAGACGUAUGGCUUUUCGGCCAAGCUGUUGGCCCGACUAUCCUAGAUGCUCACUUGGUCCCGCUAGUUACCCGUCUUCAAGAUUGCGGGAGGCAAGAUCUGGUACCCGGAAUCUUGGCGGCGUACGCAGGUCGAGUCAGAUCGACGGAUGCAUGGAGAGAAGCGACGCAUGGAAGACCAACUAUGUGGGAUAUUUCUAUGGGCCAUGUAGCUGACAUGGAGCUAUAG